AUGCCACUUCCAUACUUGCCGACGGAGAUCUGGCUGAAGAUUUUUGAAUCUUUCGAAGGUCCCUUGUUUGAUGACGGCCUGUAUGCCGUCUAUUCAUUGGCAAUGUCAAGCCGGGACAAUUAUCGGACUUUUAUCCCCCUGCUGUACCACUUCCAUGCGAAGCCUGGCAAGCAUCCCCACGCUCUGGACUGGGCAAUUUCGAAGGGGAUGGCCAGUACAUUGCAACUCGUGGUUUAUGGCAUGCAGAGACUUCCCAACCGAGUCCAGAUCUGGAACGAGGCACUUCUCGUGGCGGUCGUCGUGAGCACACCCGCGGUGGCACUGGUUCUACUUCAACAAAAGGGAGUCGACCCAAACUUUCGGCCAGAUCCCAAGUUCCAUAUCAAUUGCGCAUCACCCUUGGCAGUGGCAGCCCAUAGAGGAAAUGUGAAUAUGGUCGGGCUACUGCUCUCCUGCGACAAGAUCAAGCCGAAUGUGGGAGAUUAUACAGAUCGAUCUCCCAUUUCCUUUGCUGCUGCCAAAGGCAGCCAUGCAGUCAUCAGCAUGCUACUGCAUCGACCCGAUGUCGACCCGGAUAUCCCUGAUCAGAAGGGUAUGACGCCGCUUUGUUACGCUAUCAUUUCCGGCUCAGUUCAAACUGUGUUGGCUUUUCUGGCGUGGACCGAUGUGGAUGUCAACGCUAAAGUGAAAUUCAGGGAUGACCGGAAGGGCUGGUGUCCUCUUCACUUUGCCCUCGAAUCAGGGCAUCAGGAAAUCGCGCGGUUGCUCAUCCGAGCGCCUGGUAUUGAUCUUCGAUACCAAACUGGAGUCGGCGAGACUCCACUGCACGCGGCCGCUCUUCGUGGAUAUACAGGCAUUGUGAAGGAUUUACUUGUCAGGGGAGUCUCUCCUGACACUCAAAAUGCCCGCUCCCGCACUGCGAUCUGGAAUGCCGCAAUUUCUGGCCACUGGGCCGUUGUGAAGAUACUCCUGGAUGCCCGAGCUAACCCUGACAUUGCUGAUGCCGCAUCGAGGACACCACUGAUGAUGGCGGUCAAGAAUAAGGAUGUCACAAUGGUGCGAACGUUGCUGAACACGCAGCAAGUCUCAGUCCACGCCGUUGAUAAUCGCGGGCGGUCAAUCUUGUCCUAUGCGGCGGAGGGCGGUAGUCUCGAGAUCAUCAACUUGCUGUUGUGUCGCAUGCCGAAUUUCGAUUUUGACGCGGUGGAUGCAAACGGGAAACGUCUUGUUGCAUACGCCCGAGCCAAGAAUCGUGCACAGUUGAUGGCCUACUUUGCAGCUAUCCGGUUGUUGAGCAUUGCCCGUGAUAAGUGA